AUGAUUUUGUCGAAUAAGAGAAAAUAAGAGCUUUUUCGACUAGAUUCCAUGCUUGAUAAGCUUAAUGAAUUCAUUCAAAAUUAGAGUUUAUAAUUAGAAAAUAUAUAAAGGAUAAAAACCAUUGAAUCUAUUGAUUAAUAGAAAUAAUUCUAAUUUAAGAUUAAACCUCUUGAAAUUACAAUUUUAUAUGAAAAGCUGAAUAGUUUAUUAUUGAAAAAGAAGUCUUCAAUCUUUAUUCAUUUUUUAAUAGUAACAAAAAAUCAAACAGCUUCUAAAGUAAAAUAUAAUAUGCAAGAAUCAAUAACUAUUAAAUGUUUUACACCAAGAGAUAUGAAUUAAAAAUCUUUAAAUUGUAUAAAUAGUGGAUGUAAUAAAUAACAAAUUAGUAGUAAUUUGAGUUUGUCAUAAUAGAGCUAUAAUAAAGAAAAUAUUGGCUCAACUCGUUCAGCUCAUUAGAAUAGUUAAUUAAGAUCUAACUGUAUUUAUUAUUAAAUUGAUACAAUUAAAGAAAAUAAUAAAGAAAAAAAGAAAGACUUUUUAUUAUCACCUAGUGAUACUCCAUUACUUAAUUAGAAAACUACAAAAUAUAAUUUCUUAAAAAAUAAGAUUUAUACUCCUAGUUAUAAUAAAUAAUUGAAAUCUAGUUAUAAAUCUUAUCAAACUUAAAGCAGAGAAAGAGUGUUUAGUAAAAACUUUAGAAAAGGUCUUCUUUAAUUUGAUGAUAACAAUCUAAAUAAUUAUUAAAUAACAUAAACUAUUAUUUCUAAUUAAUAAAAUUGUAAAUAAUUUAAUAAAUAUUAAUAGAAAUUUCAUACUUCUCUAUAGAGACAAGCACACCUGAAGAAGAGGAUUAAUAGGAUCAAUUAUUUACAAAUCCUUCUGAAUGGAAUCAAUAUUUAAUAUCAAGAGAUAACAAAUUUGUUUCAUCUAGAUAAUAAACUUGUGUCAAUACUCAAACUUAAUAGUUAUAAAGAGAAACUAUGAAUAUUCUAAAAUCAUGCCUUUUUGGAUUUUUCUUAGGAUUGUUUUUGGGAUUAGUGCUAUUAAAAAAUUUAUACAUAUUUAUGUGA